AUGCUUGCUAGCCAUUGUAUAGCAGUUUCUCCACUCCGAUCCUUUCGGCUAUUCUUUGUCAUCAACAAAGCUUACUACCAUCAUGGAUCCAAAAAUAUAGAUCCAUUCAAUGACAAAAAUUGGAUCGUCAAAAGACCCAAAUUUCUUAAUCUACCUAAAAAUGAACACUCAAAACUAGAUACUUUCGAAUUCAAGUUCAGCAAGGGUGAAAACGGCAAUGUUUAUUUACAGGAUUCGUCAUUCAAAGAUAACCUUGACAAAGCCAUGCAAUUCAUCUAUAACGAAAAGUUGACAUCAUUGGACGCUGAACAAGUGCCAAUAAAGAACCUUGCAUGGUUGAAAUUAAGAGAUUCUAUAUAUUCACAACUAAAACACACAAGUAAACAACCCCCAGCCUAUGUCCCUCCAUUAAGUGAACUCAUACAUCUUUCCUGUCCAAGUAAUUUAAUUCCACUACUGAUGAACUGUAAUAAAGUCAACAACUCCAUCUGGAAGGCGAUUUUGAAAAACGGCCAGAGCAAUGAUGUCAGCACUUUGGACAAAUUCAUUUAUAUCCUACAGCAAACUUUUGACCACACGUAUGAACAAGAGAUAUUGCCUAUGAUGACGAAUACAGAUGAUACAGAUGGCGCUCACAAUGUCGAUAUAACGAACCCGGCUGAAUGGUUCUCAGAAGCAAGAAAGAUCAGGAGGCAUAUAAUCAUGCACAUUGGACCAACAAAUUCAGGCAAAACAUAUAGAGCACUACAGAAGUUAAAAUCAGUGGAUCGUGGAUACUAUGCAGGACCAUUGAGAUUAUUAGCGAGGGAAGUAUAUGACAGAUUCCAAAACGAAAAGGUUAGAUGUAAUUUGUUGACCGGUGAAGAAGUUAUACGUGAUUUAGACGAUAAAGGAAAUCCAGCCGGGCUCACUUCGGGUACCGUAGAGAUGGUGCCCAUAAACCAAAAAUUUGACGUUGUCGUUCUUGAUGAAAUUCAGAUGAUGUCUGAUCUGGAUCGUGGUUGGGCCUGGACAAAUGCGUUGUUGGGUGUGGUUUCUAAAGAGGUCCAUCUUUGUGGUGAAAAGAGUGUUUUGCCCUUGAUCAAAAAUAUUGUAAAAAUGACUGGCGAUAAACUAACGAUCAACGAAUACGAGAGAUUGGGGAAGUUGACUGUUGAAGACAGCCCCGUCAAGGAUGGCAUUAAGGGAUUGCGAAAAGGUGAUUGUGUGGUGGCAUUUUCUAAAAAAAAAAUCCUGGAUCUUAAACUAAAGAUUGAGAAAGAUACUAAUUUGAAAGUUGCAGUGAUUUACGGUUCCCUGCCUCCUGAGACUCGUGUCCAACAAGCCUCCUUGUUUAAUAGCGGUAAUUACGACAUUAUGGUGGCAUCAGAUGCCAUUGGUAUGGGGCUGAACUUGUCUAUUGAUAGAGUUGUUUUUACCACAAACAUGAAAUACAAUGGAGAAGAAUUAGCAGAGAUGACGUCUUCGCAAAUAAAACAAAUAGGUGGCCGUGCAGGCAGAUUCAAAUCUACAUCAGCCAGUGGAGACGUUCCUCAAGGCUUUAUUACCGGUUUCGAGUCAAAAGUCUUGAAAAGUGUCAGAAAAGCGAUAGAGUCCCCCGUGGAGUAUUUAAAAACUGCUGUGACGUGGCCCACAGACGAAAUAUGCGCCCAACUGAUGACUCAAUUCCCACCAGGGACACCAGCCAGUACCCUGUUGCAAACCAUCGCAGAUGAACUGGAGAAGAGCUCCAACAAGUUGUUCACUUUGUCCGAUCUAAAGAACAAACUGAAAAUCAUCGCUUUAUUCGAGCACAUGGAGGACAUUCCGUUUCUGGACAAGCUGAAGCUCAGCAACGCACCCGUGAAGGAUAUGCCUAUGGUCACAAAGGCUUUUACCAAGUUCUGCGAGACAAUAGCAAAGAGGCACACAAGAGGUCUAUUAUCGUACCGAUUACCCUUCAACCUGCUGGACUACAAGUGCAUACCCAGUGAGAGCUACUCCCUAGAGGUUUACGAGUCGCUGUACAACAUAAUUACGCUAUACUUCUGGUUAAGUAACCGGUACCCGAACUACUUCAUUGACAUGGAGUCUGCCAAAGACAUGAAGUAUUUUUGCGAGAUGAUCAUUUUUGAGAAGCUUGAUAGAUUAAAGAAGAAUCCCUACGCACGCAAGCCGUAUGCCUCGACGAGAGACCAGUGGCCGCCCUCGGGAAGAAGAGUACAUACAUAA